CUCGAGCUAACUAACCUUUACAGAAGAUGUCCGACGAAACUGUUUCAAAUGAGGCCGACAGGCCGCCGUAUGCGUAUUUCUUUGGCGGCAUGGGAGCCGCAUCGGCCAUCAUCUUCUCGGCUCUGGGAGCAUCCUAUGGCACAGCCAAAUCAGGCACUGGGAUCGCAGCCAUGGCCGUUAUGCGUCCGGAGCUGAUCAUGAAGUCCAUCAUUCCGGUGGUGAUGGCUGGCAUUAUCGCCAUCUACGGCCUGGUCGUCUCUGUUCUGAUUGCUGGCUCUUUGUCGCCCACAUACACCAUUCGCCGGGGCUACAUUCACCUGGCCGCCGGUCUCUCCGUUGGCUUCUCGGGCCUGGCGGCGGGCUUUGCCAUUGGAAUUGUCGGAGAUGCCGGCGUUCGGGGCACUGCCCAGCAGCCCCGCCUGUUCGUUGGCAUGAUUCUGAUUCUGAUCUUUGCCGAGGUCUUGGGUCUGUAUGGCCUGAUUGUGGCCAUCUAUCUGUACACCAAGUAAAACAGGCUUCAACUCAUACGAGUAGUUGACAGUAAAAUAAAAAAGAUAUAAA